GGCAGAGCGCGAGAGGCGGCUGCUGGGCUGCAGAGCGCUUUGACUUCUCCUUCCACCUUGCCUCCUUAGGCAUCUUUUCUCUCUCCCUGGACUCUGAUUUCUUCCUACUUCCCGGGCUUCCCCGAGCCCCCCUUCUUCCUAUGGCUGAAGCUUUCCGCGACUCGGGCGCAGCUUCUCGGCGAGAGACCCUCUUGCUCCUGGGGCUGAGCCGGGUCACUGGAUGUUACUGAAACUCUGGAGAUCAUGCGCGGGUUUGCUUGCUGCUUCCCUCUCGGGUGCCACUGCCACCGCCGCCGCCUCUGCUGCCGCCGUCCGAGGGAUGCUCAGUAGCCCGCUGUCUGGCCCCUGCGAUCCUGUGUUCUUCGGAAGCCGUUUACUACUGCAGAGUUGCGCGAACUAGUCAUGGUGCUGUGGGAGUCCCCGCGGCAGUGCAGCAGCUGGACACUUUGCGAGGGCUUUUGCUGGCUGCUGCUGCUGCCGGUGAUGCUACUCAUCGUAGCCCGCCCGGUGAAGCUCGCGGCUUUCCCUACCUCUUUAAGUGACUGCCAAACCCCCACCGGCUGGAACUGCUCUGGUUAUGAUGACAGAGAGAAUGAUCUCUUCCUCUGUGAUACCAACACCUGUAAAUUUGAUGGGGAAUGUUUAAGAAUUGGAGACACUGUGACUUGCGUCUGUCAGUUCAAGUGCAACAGUGACUACGUGCCUGUAUGUGGCUCCAAUGGAGAGAGCUACCAGAAUGAGUGUUACCUACGGCAGGCUGCGUGCAAACAGCAGAGUGAGAUACUUGUGAUGUCUGAAGGAUCAUGUGCCACAGAUGCAGGAUCAGGAUCUGGAGAUGGAGUUCAUGAAGGUUCAGGAGAAACAAGUCAAAAGGAGACAUCCACCUGUGAUAUUUGCCAGUUUGGUGCAGAAUGUGAUGAAGAUGCCGAGGAUGUCUGGUGUGUGUGCAACAUUGACUGCUCUCAAACCAACUUCAAUCCCCUCUGUGCUUCUGAUGGGAAAUCUUAUGAUAAUGCAUGUCAAAUCAAAGAAGCAUCAUGUCAGAAACAGGAGAAAAUUGAAGUCAUGUCUUUGGGUCGAUGUGAAGAUAACACAACUACAACUACUAAAUCUGAAGAUGGGCAUUAUGCAAGAACAGAUUAUGCAGAGAAUGCUAACAAAUUAGAAGAAAGUGCCAGAGAACACCACAUCCCUUGCCCAGAACAUUACAAUGGCUUCUGCAUGCAUGGGAAAUGUGAACAUUCUGUCAAUAUGCAGGAGCCAUCUUGCAGGUGUGAUGCUGGUUACACUGGACAACACUGUGAAAAAAAGGACUACAGUGUUCUCUAUGUGGUCCCUGGCCCAGUACGGUUUCAGUACGUCUUAAUUGCAGCUGUGAUUGGAACGAUUCAGAUUGCUGUCAUCUGCGUGGUGGUCCUCUGCAUCACAAGGAAAUGCCCCAGAAGCAACAGAAUUCACAGACAGAAGCAAAAUACAGGGCACUACAGUUCAGACAACACAACAAGAGCAUCCACAAGGUUAAUCUAAAGGGAGCAUGUUGCACAGUGGCCGGACUACCGAGAGCGUGGACUACACAAUACAGUAUUAUAGACAAAAGAAUAAGACAAGAGAUCUACACAUGUUGCCUUGCAUUUGUGGUAAUCUACACCAAUGAAAACAUGUACUACAGCUAUAUUUGAUUAUGUAUGGAUAUAUUUGAAAUAGUAUACAUUGUCUUGAUGUUUUUCUGUAAUGUAAAUAAACUAUUUAUAUCACACAA